UCGGGUGGAGUCAGUGACGCCUCUUUAAGCGCCGCUGCUGCUGAGCGUUCAGUGCGGUAGCUGACUACCAUGGAAGUACAAUUCGCUCCCUUAAGACCUUGGGAUGAUUUCAUUUUGGGUUCUGCUCGUUUCGCCCAGCCGGAUUUUCGAGAUUUAGCAAAAUGGAACAAUCGAGUGAUCAGCAAUCUGCUGUAUUACCAGAGUAACUACUUGGUCAUGGCUGUCUGCAUCUUUGUACUGAUCGGUUUCAGAAAAUCUGCAGAUUACAGCAGUUUUGAGGACACCUGCAUUGGAUUUGGGAGCAUGAUUGGCUGUCUAAGAAGACUUGUUGUAUUGCAGAACAUUUUGCACCCAUCACCAAGCUGUGCAAGUACAACAGCAUCAAGGGCAUAUACUGAAAAACGUGGGAAAUUACCCAGGUUUUUGAGCCCCUUGGAGAUCAUCCUUGGAGGAGCAGUGGUGGUGCUGAUAUUCAUGGGUUCCAUGUGGGCUUCUGAAAAUAAAGCAGCAAUUGGUCACUUCAAGCGUCGGUACCCAACAACGUUUGUCUUGAGUAUCUUGCUGAUGAGCUACUUUUUCAUCUCCAUUGUCGGGGGAGUGAUGGUUUUCUUGUUUGGAAUCACUUUGCCACUGCUUUUGAUGUUUGUACACGCUUCUCUGCGGCUUCGUAACUUGAAGAACAAGAUUGAAAACAAGAUGGAAGAGGUUGGAUUGAAGAAGAGUCCCAUGGGUAUCUUUCUGAAUGCACUUGGCCAGGAACAGGAGCAUCUCUCUAAAUUCGCAGACAUGUUGGCAGCUCAAAGUAAAGACAAAUAAGAAACAGAUUAUUAGUAACUUUGCAUCUUUAACUUUUGUAUAUGUCGUGCAGUAUUCCUGGAAUAACCUUUUGCAAUGUGCGUACAUGUUGCUAUGAUGCUCAAUUGUCAAGAAUUCCACAGUUAAAAGAAACAUGUUUUUUUUGUUUAUUUGCAGAGUAAACUGUACUGUAGAAAUACACAUUGAUAUUGUGCCAGACAUGUGUUCUUUGGCUUUAUGUAGGUCAAAGUUUGUUUUUUUUGGGUAAUUAACUGCUAGCUAACAUGCCACUGUAACAAUGGUUCAUCUGGAUGACAAGUAUACGUGAACACUUUUGUGAUGUUGAGCUUGAUUGGGUUAAUAAAAGUUACUGUUUUUCAGAGUUUAAGGAUACAUUUUGUUCAUGGGUAUUUAAGAAUUAUUAGGAUAUAUAAGCCUGAAUAGAUGGUGAAAUAUGGAAGUAUUGUAUGACCUCUUCACAAGUUUCCAAUUGCCAUUUCUAAUGUAGAAAGUUUCGCAUUCUUCUAUUUGGUAUGAUCUUGCCUUUAGAAUACAAAUGUUUUGUUUUUUUUUAUUUAUAGGUAUAUGAUAAAUUAUUUCAUCUUUAAAAUGUGUAUUUUGUUGACUUGAGGCCUGCAGUUAACUCUAAUAGCACAAUCACUGCAAAACAGAAUUCACUAUUGUAUUAGAAGAAACCUUGGCAGCCACACUACCAGGGACAAUGUCAAGCAUAUGCAAUCUUGCCUAAUUUUACCAAAUCUGAGCCUGGUGAAAAAUGAAUUCAAGAAAAACAUAUCUUUGGGGAGUUCAGCUUAUUUACUAAAGUGGCUAUUGCAUUGCACAACUAUUUUACAGUUGCUAGGAUAUUUUGCAAACACUUGUAUCUGAUAUUUAACUCUGCAGAACCAAAGAUAUGCAACAUCUCUUGCAUGCAAUAAAGGCUACUUUCAAUUGUU